AUGACUAUUUCAACCAUUGAAAGCAAAGGAAAUAUAAUUAACGUUGGUAAUGUUGGAGAGUUGAUGGCAGUGAGACACAAAAGCGACAGAUGUAAAAUGAAAUGGCUGAUUACUGCACAAAUCUGUACUACAAUACUCAUUCUGCUAAUGAUUGGAACAUUUUAUCUUGUUGGCUAUCCAUUAAUGAAAGAACACCAAACCAUUACACACAUUACAAACAUUACAAAUAUUAAACCAAAUAUUUUGGAGGAUAAGGAAAAUAUUGUAACACUGUAUGCAUUGGAUCCGGUUGCCAGCACUUUCUUUUUCGAUGAUGGGAAAUAUGGUCAAAUAAUCUCAGAUUGGAGUGUUUACAACAGACAUAGUGAUAUUGACUUUAAUCAUUACGAAAUUGGCGGUUUUAGUGUCGGUAUAGAAGGUUCAAUAGUUGGCAUAAUCAUCGAUCUGGGUUCUAGUGAAGAUUUGCAACAAAAAUACAAAUAUCAAGAGACAGUUGGCGAUGGUCAAGGAUUUGCAUCAAUCCACCGAAAAAACAAUACAAUCGUUAUCCUUAAGGGCGCUUCAUAUAACCACACCUUUCAAGUGAUGGAAGAAUCCGAAGAGCUGUUUCGAGAAGGAAAAUCAGUAGCAAGUACACCUGUUAAGCUUGGGCAUGUGUAUCUCCUUCGAAUCACUGAUCGUAAUGAAGCUGCUUUUGAGCGCAUCAUCAAGAUGUUAGUGAUCUCGUACAGACCUUACGAAUGGGUUACAAUUCGAUGGGAAGUGUUGACAUAG